AUGCGGGGAAAGCUGCUGAAGAUGUUCCUCCUGGUUCAGAAGAUCAAGUUGCUGCAAAAAAAUCAUUUUGCUGCGAGGAAAGCUAUUGAAGAUGUUCCUCCUGGUUCAGAAGAUCAAGUUGCUGCAAAAAGAGUUAAGUUUGUUGCUGGAAAGUCUGGUGAGACUUCUGCAGGGAAGUCUGGUGAGACUUCAGCUGGGAAAGCGACGGGGAAAUCUGCUGGGACAGCUAGGGGGAAGUCUGCUGGGAAAGCUGUGGGGAAGUCUGUUGGGAAAGGUGGGGGAAAGGAAAGGGCAAGAAACCACAUGAAACACUACAUCGAUUUCACACAUCAUCAUUGUUGA